AAAGAGCGCGUUCACAACGGUUUUUUAAUGAAAUGGGUGCUGGUGUUGAGAUUUGACAUGGAAUAUAAUAGCGAGGUGGAAUCAUUUUCUCAAAGUGAUUCUAUCUCAAGCACUGCUUCGAGCGCAAGAUAUCGUGAAGAUAUUAUUUCAUCAGAAGAACGAACGUUGCUGCAAUAUUUACAAAGAGGACUAUUGGAAGCAAGUGAAGAAAAUAUAACCUUUGCAAAAGAAAUAUUGCCAUUGUUGAAAAAAUUAAACUUGGAACCACAAUCCUUACCUAAUGACAUUAAGGAAGGGUUACAAAAAGUAGCUUUAAUUUUAAGAUGUGAAAAAUUGUCCGAUUUGGACGAUGUUGCAUUGAGUAUAGUGUGUGAAAGAAAGAAAAUAGAGGAAAAGAAACGAGAAUACGAGGAAAAACAGUUUGCAUUAUUGUAUGAUGAUCUUUUUAAAAAGUAUGCUAUUUUUUCAAGUAAACUUAAUUCCUUACAAGAAGCUGUAAGUUCUCUCGAAAGUUUUAUUGAAGACAGUCAGAAAAAGCAAGAAGAUAUGUACUGUAAUAAUAUUUCAUUGUCUACAAAAUUAGGAGAAUAUCAACAAACAGUAAAAAAAUUAGAAUCUGAUUUAGUAGAUAUGCAAAUUGAAGAUCUUUACCCCCAGAAAAUAUUAAACAAAUAUGAUAAGUAUUUAGAAAUGGCAGGUGAACUAGCAGAACUUAAUCAAUGCCUUCGUCAAUAUGGUGAUUUACCACCAAAUUUGCUGCAUGCUAAAGCUCUAGUUGAAGUUAAACAAAAGGAAUAUCAUGCUUUGGUAAAAACACUUUUAGAAAAAACAGAUUAUUGUCUCGAGUGA